AAAGUAAUAAAAGUUCUCUUUAUGCAGAAUGGAUCUGAGUCAGAUUUUUUUUCAUAUAUGUAUAAUUUUAACUACUUAAGAUACUGUUAUGCAGUUUAAUUUAUAAAAAAAUGUUUAAUCACAUUUGUUGUGUUAAAUCUUGAUUAAAAAAAUGACUAAAGCCGUCAGCUAAAUGUAGUGAAUAUUUGCCUUUAAAAUGUAGUGAAAUAGAAGUAUAAAGUUACAUAAAUGGAAAUACACACGGAAAGUCCGGCAUAGUUGUACUAAAGACAGUACUUGAGUAAAUGUACUUAGUUACAUCAUUAUUAUUAUUUUUCUAAUACCAUAUAUCGUAUAUGAUUUGUAUUUGGCAACUGUUGAGAUUGGCACUUUGCACAACAAUUUAGAUUCAUGGUUGAUUUUUAUUUUGUUGUACAUUUUGCGAAUUGUAGAAAAAAAAACUAAAUUUCCCAAGCAGCCACUGAAGUUGUUUCUAUGUUAUUUUAAUAAUAAAACAAUAUCAUACUUAAUGUUUAUCUCAAUGCAAUGAUAAAAAUAUUUUUAAUUAUUUCUAAUACCAUAUAUCGUACAUGAUUUGUAUCUGGCAAGUUUUGAGAUUUGCACUUUGCACUACAAUUUAGAUUUAUGGUUGAUUUUUAUUUGAUCAAACACCCAACAAAGCACUCUGAUUCUGGGUUGUUGUUGUUUUUGGUGGAUGAACUUACCCUUCCUUUGGACUGGGCUGUUUCACUCACUGGCUGCUAUAAAAGAUGUCUCUGUUAACCAGAAUGCUCAUAGAGACAAGGGCAGCAGGACAGACUGACCAGGACAUCUUUCCUUUUUUGAAUCAUGGGGAUAUUAGAUCUGUUGCUCCAGGUGUCCUGCUACGUCUCCCUGUUGGGGGCUCUGGUGGUCCUGCUGCUUUUCUACAUCAUCUCUUCCUGCUCCAGCUCCCAGGACGACAGGAAAGGACCACCAGGACCAAAACCACUUCCCAUACUGGGGAACCUUCUGCAGCUGGAUCUCAAGAGACUCCACCACUCACUACUAAAGCUUUCCCAGACAUAUGGAUCAGUGUUCACCAUCUAUUUAGGACCAAAGAAAGUUGUGGUCCUGGCAGGAUACAAGACAGUGAAGGAGGCACUUGUCAAUCACUCGGAAGAGUUUGGGGACAGAGAUCAAAUGAAAAUUUUAGAAGAACUUAACCAAGGACACGGGGUUAUAUGGUCCAAUGGUGAGGUGUGGAAAGACAUAAGGCGUUUUGCUUUGAUGAACCUCAGAGACUUCGGAAUGGGCAAGAGUGCAAUUGAGGACAAAAUCAUUGAGGAGUGUGACAAACUGAAAGAAUUGUUUAAGACAUUUAAAGGAGAAGCUUUUGAUAUGAAUCAGCCAAUAACUUGUGCGGUAGCUAACAUCAUCUGCUCCAUGGUGUUUGGCUACAGAUUUGAAUAUGACGACCCAGAGUUUACAUCCAUGGUGGCUCGAGCAAACUGGAACGUUCAACUUUUGGGCUCUGCGUCAGCACAGGUGUAUAACCUGUUCCCGUGGAUCGGCAGAUUUUUGUCUAAAAGGAAUGAAUUUUUGAGGUCAAAUGCUGCCACCGUGGAGCAGUACACAAAGCUGCUCAGUCAUUUGAAGGAGACAUUCAAUCCACAGAUGUGCAGAGGCUUCGUGGAUGCCUUUCUGAUCCGAAAGCAAACUCUGGAGGAAUCUGGGAUUACAAACAGUCACUUCAACGACAAAAACCUCAGGGCGACAGUGAUUAACCUCUUCACUGCCAGCACGGACACGACAGCAACCACACUGAGGUGGGGACUUCUUCUUAUGGCCAAGUAUCCAAAAAUACAAGACCAGGUCCAGGAGGAGCUGAAAAGGGUGAUAGGAAGUCGUCAGGUGCAGGUGGAGGACAGGAAGAUCCUGCCCUUCACCAAUGCCGUCAUCCAUGAGACGCAGAGACUGUCCAACAUCCUCCCCAUGUCACUUCCUCACAAAACCAGCCAAGACGUCACUUUCCAGGGUCACUUCAUCAAAAAGGGAACCACAGUGUAUCCUCUGCUGGCGUCCGUCCUGUACGAUGAGAGCGAGUGGGAGAAGCCACGCAGCUUUCAUCCUGCUCACUUCCUGGACAAAGACGGGAAGUUUGUGAAGCGAGAUGCCUUCAUGGCCUUUUCUGCAGGUCGCAGGGUUUGUCUCGGAGAGAGUCUGGCCAGGAUGGAGCUCUUCAUCUUCUUCACCACCCUCCUGCAGCACUUUUGCUUCAGUCCUCCUCCUGGAGUUUCAGAGGACGAUCUGGAUCUGACUCCAAGUGUUGGCUUCACCCUCAUCCCUUCACCUCAUAAACUGAGGGCCGUUCCAUUGAAUUAACGUCAUUGAACCAUGAUCUGUGAGAGGUAAAGAACACCAUUGCACUAAAUACUGAUUGAAAUGGUAAGUAGGCCUAAUGAGAGUUAUUAAUUAAAUUUAAACAAUGUUUAUUGGGCUUUUUUGUUUUUUUGCCACUUUUGGAUAAUUAAACAUGCCCCAGGUCAAAUUGAUCAAUUUUUAAAGUUUAAAAAUCGAAAAAAAUAUGUUGUUAAAAGUAUUCUUCAUAAAAAGAAAACAUUUUAUAAUAUGUAUAAUAUAUAUUUUUUAAAUCAAUGUCAUGUAAAACAAUUGUAUUUUAUAUGUAGGUCUUUCCGAUGUAUAUAAGAAAUGUUUUAACAUGGAUUUGUUAUGAAAAUCCUCAUUGAACGAUGAUCUGUAGGAGGUAAAGAACACCAGCACUAAAUAUUGAUUGAAAUGGUUAGUAGGCCUAAUGGAAUUAUUAAUUAAGUUUAAACAAUGUUUAUUGGGCCUAUUUUGUUGUUGUUGCCACUUUUGGGGUCAAUUUGAUCCAUUUUAAAGUUUAAAAAUCUAAAAAAUAUAUAUUGUUAAAAGUAUUUUUUCAUAAAAAGAAAACAUUUUAUAAUGUAAAAUAUAUUUUUAUCAAUGUCAUGUAAAACAAUUGUUUUAUUGUCUUUCCAAUAUAACACAAAUGUUUUAACAUGCAUUUGUUAUGAAAAUCCUCAUUGAACAAUAAUCUGUGAGGGGUAAAGAACACCAUUGCACUCAAUAUUGAUUGAAAUGGUUUGUAAUGUAGUUAUUAAUUAAAUUCAAACAAUGUUUAUUGGGAUUUUUUUGUCUUUUGACACAUUUGGAAAAUUAAACAUGCCUGGUUCAAAUUGACCUAUGAACAUUAUUGCUGUUUCUGAGAAUGUUGUGACAGUUUAAUCUGAAUAAAAACAGCUGCAGACAAAUAAACUGGGUACUGUUUGUUUAACAGUCUGUUUUUUGGCGGACUUUCACUUUUUCGAAGGACAUCAAACGUUUACACAAGAGAGAGUUUACCUGCCAAAUGUCUGGAUGGAUGCCACAUCUUUUCCCUGGUGUGGAGCCAUGAACUCACCG